GAGGGGAGGGCCUGCCAGGUGAGGCGCGGUCACCCUGGGCCUCUCACUUCCGCCCAGGUGAGGGAGGGCCGACGCAGAGCCCGCCCGCCCUGGUCUCCCACUGAGCCUCCGCCGGAGCAGGUUUCUUUGUAAGUGAUCGAAGAGAAUAAUUCAAAAUGCCAGAAAAUCCUGCUGCAGAUAAACUGCAGGUCCUGCAGGUUCUUGAUCGCCUGAAAAUGAAAUUGCAGGAGAAGGGAGACACGUCGCAGAAUGAGAAGCUGUCUAUGUUUUAUGAGACACUGAGGAGUCCUCUCUUCAACCAGAUACUCACACUUCAGCAGUCCAUCAAGCAGCUGAAGGGGCAGCUCAGCCAUGUACCCUCAGAUUGUUCAACCAACUUUGAGUUUUCUAGGAAAGGUUUGUUAGUGUUCACAGAUGGUUCCAUUACUAAUGGAAAUGCCAACAGGCCCUCUAAUAACUCGACUGUAUCUGGGUUAUCUUCUUGGACCCCAAAGUUGGGAAAUGAAGACUUUAACUCAAUCAUUCAACAGAUGGCCCAGGGCCGGCAAAUUGAAUACAUAGAUAUAGAACGACCUUCAACGGGAGGCCUUGGAUUCAGUGUGGUGGCCCUUAGAAGGCAGAAUUUGGGAGAAGUUGAUAUCUUCGUGAAGGAAGUACAGCCAGGGAGUGUAGCAGACAGGGAUCAAAGAUUGAAGGAAAAUGACCAAAUAUUGGCCAUUAAUCAUACGCCACUGGAUCAGAACAUUUCCCAUCAGCAAGCAAUUGCAUUGUUACAACAAACCACCGGGUCUUUACGUCUGGUUGUGGCCAGGGAACCAGCCCACACAAAAAGCAGUACUUCUACCAGCCUAACUUAUACAGCUCUGCCUGAAACAGUUUGUUGGGGCCAUAUUGAAGAUGUUGAGCUCGUUAAUGAUGGUUCUGGAUUAGGUUUUGGAAUAGUUGGAGGAAAAUCAAGUGGCGUGGUUGUAAGGACUAUAGUGCCUGGAGGAUUAGCAGAUCGAGAUGGAAGACUCCAAACAGGGGACCACAUCUUGAAGAUUGGAAGCACAAAUGUUCAAGGAAUGACCAGUGAGCAAGUUGCACAAGUUCUCAGGAACUGUGGGAGUUCGGUCAGGAUGCUUGUUGCCAGAGACCCAGAUGGUGAAAUUUCAUUGCCCCCUCCUACCCCCACAGCCUUACCUGUUGCCCUGCCUACUGUAGCCAGCAGAAGCCCUGGUUCUGACAGUUCUCUUACUGAAACUUACAAUGUCGAGCUCAUUAAAAAAGAUGGACAGAGUCUCGGGAUUAGAAUUGUUGGCUACAUUGGAACAUCUCAUACAGGAGAGGCAGCAGGGAUUUAUGUGAAAAGCUUAAUACCUGGCAGCGCCGCCUACCACAAUGGCCGCAUUCAAGUGAAUGACAAAAUAGUUGCUGUUGAUGGUGUGAAUAUUCAGGGUAUGGCCAACCAAGAUGUUGUUGAAAUAUUACAAAAGGCAGGGCAGGUGGUACGCCUAACCCUUGUUCGAAGGAAGACACCCUCCUCUGCUUUUCCACUUGAACAGCCUUCAGACAGAGGAAUUAUGGAACCACCAAAAACACCAGGUGUCUUUCUAACUGGAGCAGUGGAAACAGAAACUAAUUUGGAUGGUGAAGAUGAAGAAAUUGGAGAAAAAAUGGAUAAUCUAAAAAAUGACAACAUACAAACCUUAGAAAAAUUGGAAAGAGUCCCAGACUCUCCAGAAAAUGAGCUGAAAUCCAGAUGGGAAAACCUUUUGGGUCCUGAUUAUGAAGUAAUGGUUGCUACUUUGGACACACAGAUUGCAGAUGAUCCUGAGUUACAGAAGUAUUCAAAGCUGCUGCCUAUUCACACUCUGAGGCUUGGCGUGGAAGUGGACUCCUUUGAUGGGCACCAUUACAUCUCUUCCGUAGUUCCUGGUGGUCCUGUUGAUACCUUGAGCCUCCUGCAGCCAGAGGAUGAGCUUCUUGAGGUCAAUGGCAUGCAGCUCUAUGGAAAAUCUCGCAGAGAAGCGGUCUCCUUUCUUAAAGAAGUGCCACCCCCUUUGACCUUGGUGUGCUGUAGAAGGCUGUUUGAUGAUGAGGCUUCCGUAGAUGAACCAAGGACCACCAAAACCUCUGUUCCUGAAGUGGAGGUUGACCAGAAUGUAGACGUCAAUACUGAAGAAGAUGAUGAUGGAGAAUUAGCACUGUGGUCUCCUGAAGUCAAGACUGUUGAGCUAGUAAAAGAUCAUAAAGGCUUGGGAUUCAGCAUUUUGGAUUACCAGGACCCUUUAGAUCCCACAAGAUCAGUGAUUGUGAUCCGUUCCCUGGUAGCAGAUGGUGUAGCAGAAAGAAGUGGAGGACUAUUACCUGGAGACCGCCUGGUCUCAGUCAAUGAAUACUGUUUGGACAACGCCACACUUGCAGAAGCUGUGGAAGUUCUGAAGGCUGUGCCACCAGGCACUGUACACCUUGGCAUCUGUAAGCCUUUGGUGGAAGAUGAUAAAGAAGAAAGUUGUUACAUUUUACAUUCGAGCAAUAAUGAAGAUAACACUGAACUUUCAGGAACAAUUCAUGAUAUAAAUUCAUCUUUAAUACUUGAAGCACCCAAGGGAUUUAGAGAUGAACCACAUUUUAAAGAAGAACUUGUGGAUGAACCGUUUCUAGAUUUGGGAAAGGCUUUCCAGUCCCAACAAAAAGAGAUAGACAACAGCACGGAGGCCUGGGAGAUGCAUGAAUUUCUGACUCCUAGAUUGCAGGAGAUGGGUGAAGAAAGGGAAAUGCUUGUUGAUGAAGAAUAUGAGCUGUAUCAAGAUCACUUUCAGUCCCUGGAAUUGUAUCCCUCGUUGUCGUCCCACAUUCAGGAGGCCCUUCCUGUGCCCUCCAUGCAGGAAUUUCACUUUGCUACACAGUGGUUACAUGACAGUGAACUGCCUGGGUCUCCAGAAGCAAGAUCUAUGAGGAGUGUUCAUUCCCAGGAGACACAGCAGUACGGCUAUUGCCCUGAAAACGUGAUGAAGGAAAACUUUGGCAUGGAUUCUCUGCCAUCCUUACCAUCAACUGAAGGAAACAGUCAACAAGGCAGAUUUGAUGAUCUGGAAAAUCUUAAUUCAUUAGCAAAAAGCAGUCUGGAUUUAGGCAUGAUUCCGAAUGAUGUCCAAGGUCCUGGCUUACUGGUUGACCUUCCUGCUGUGACUCAAAGAAGGGAGCAAGAUUUGCCUUUGUAUCAACUCCCCAGGACCCGAGUUGUUUCAAAGACCUCAGCAUACACAGGAACAUUGUCUUCUAGAUAUGCCAGCAGUGCAUGUGAGUUACCUGAGAGAGAAGAAGGUGAAGGAGAAGAAACUCCAAACUUCAGCACUGGGUCCGCGAGAAUUGUUGAGAUUUUUAGGGAACCCAAUGUGUCUCUUGGUAUCAGUAUUGUUGGUGGACAAACUGUUAUAAAACGCCUGAAGAAUGGAGAGGAACUUAAAGGUAUAUUUAUCAAACAAGUUUUAGAAGACAGUCCAGCAGGAAGAACAAACGCACUUAAAACUGGAGAUAAGAUACUUGAGGUGUCUGGAGUGGAUUUGCAGAACGCCUCCCACAGAGAAGCAGUUGAGGCCAUUAAGAGUGCAGGAAACCCUGUGGUGUUUGUUGUCCAGAGCUUGUCACCCACUCCAAGAGUCAUUCCUAAUGUGCACAGCAAGGCCAACAAAAUUGCCAAUACCCAAGACCAAGGCACCCAAGAAAAAAAAGAAAAGAGGCAAGGAACUGCUCCACCGCCGAUGAAGCUGCCUCCUCCUUAUAAAGCUCCAUCCGAAGACAGUGAUGAAAAUGAAGAAGAGUAUGCAUUUACUGACAAAAAAAUCAGGCAAAGAUAUGCAGAUCUGCCUGGAGAACUGCACAUUAUUGAACUUGAAAAGGAUAAAAAUGGACUUGGACUCAGCCUUGCUGGUAACAAAGACAGAUCACGCAUGAGCAUAUUUGUGGUGGGAAUUAACCCAGAAGGACCUGCUGCAACAGACGGACGAAUGCGUAUUGGAGAUGAACUGUUAGAGAUAAACAAUCAGAUCCUGUAUGGAAGAAGUCACCAAAAUGCAUCUGCCAUUAUUAAGACUGCCCCUUCAAAGGUCAAGCUGGUUUUCAUCAGAAACGAAGAUGCAGUCAAUCAGAUGGCCGUUGCACCAUUCCCGUUGCCAUCAAGUUCUCCAUCUCCUGUUGAGGAUCAGAGUGGCGAACCUGUUAAUAGUGAGGAAGAUGGCAGUCUUCAAGUUGGCACUAAACAGUUGCCUGAAAGCGAAAGCUCCAAACCGGAGGACAUGUCCCAGGUGAUUGGUGAAGGUGUGGUGGCAGAUCAGCAGAAAUCACUGGAGCACCCACCUGACAAUGCUGUCAGCCAGAUGAAACAGCAAAAAUAUUCAACGAAAGUCUCCUUCGGGUCGCAAGAGAUACCGUUAGCACCACCUCCGUCGUGCCCGUCAACAGAUGCAGACUUCACAGGCUACGGUGCUUUCCAGGCUCCUCUGUCAGUGGACCCUGCGACAUGUCCCAUUGUCCCUGGCCAGGAAAUGAUUAUAGAAAUAUCCAAGGGACGUUCAGGGCUUGGUCUCAGCAUUGUGGGAGGAAAAGACACACCCUUGGAUGCUAUAGUUAUACACGAAGUUUAUGAAGAAGGAGCAGCAGCCAGAGAUGGAAGGCUUUGGGCUGGUGACCAGAUACUGGAGGUUAAUGGGAUUGACCUGAGGAGCUCCAGCCACGAAGAAGCCAUCACAGCUCUGAGGCAGACCCCCCAGAAGGUGCGGCUGGUGGUGUACAGAGACGAGGCGCACUACAGGGACGAGGAGAACUUGGAGAUGUUCCCUGUGGAUCUGCAGAAGAAAGCCGGCCGAGGACUGGGUCUCAGCAUCGUUGGGAAACGAAAUGGAAGCGGAGUAUUUAUUUCUGACAUUGUGAAAGGCGGAGCUGCAGACCUGGAUGGAAGAUUGAUCCAGGGAGAUCAAAUCCUAUCUGUGAAUGGGGAGGACGUGAGAACUGCCUCACAGGAGACAGUGGCCACCAUCCUCAAGUGUGCACAGGGUCUUGUGCAGCUAGAGAUUGGAAGACUCCGAGCCGGUUCGUGGACCUCGGCAAGGAAGACAUCACAGAACAGUCAGGGGAGUCAGCACAGCAGCUGCCGUCCCUCCUUCGCCCCCGUCAUCGCCGGCCUGCAAAACCUGGUCAGCACAAAAAGAGCCUCGGACCCUGCCCAGAAGAACUCAGGCACAGACGUGGUGCCAAGGACUGUUGAGAUAAUCAGAGAGCUCAGUGAUGCCCUUGGAAUCAGUAUUGCUGGAGGAAAAGGAAGUCCCUUAGGAGAUAUCCCUGUAUUUAUUGCCAUGAUUCAGGCCAGCGGAGUGGCUGCACGUACACAGAAGCUUAAAGUUGGAGAUCGGAUUGUCAGCAUUAAUGGGCAACCUUUAGAUGGGCUGUCUCACGCGGACGCGGUUAAUCUGCUGAAGAACGCCUACGGGCGCAUUAUCCUGCAGGUUGUAGCAGAUACCAAUAUAAGUGCCAUAGCAACUCAGCUUGAAAACAUGUCUACAGGUUACCACCUUGGUUCACCCACUGCUGAACACCAUUCGGAAGACACAGAGUGA